GGCGGAAUAACCUAAAAAUAGCAUUGGAUAUUUUUUCUGUGCAUCUUUGUGAAAAAGUCGAAAAAUCACUGUAAAAAUAAGAUAAUUAUUAGUUUUUUCUAGUGGAAAGUGAAAAGUGACGAUGAGUGUGAAUACAGGGAAAGCAAAACCUAGGAAUUUCGAUGGGAAUUCCGGGUCAGACUUAAGCUUCCGGACAAUCCAGGAGAAUGAAAGGAUUGACUUUCGGUAUGGCUUCAAGAAACCAUCAGACUCGAAGGAGAGAAAUGGAUACCUCUUGAAUCUCCAUUCGACAGAAGUGCUGAAUGAGGACCGCCAGCUGGUGUCGGGGCUCGAUAUGUACUUUUUGGAGAUGACAGGAGCCCGAUUUAAGGCCACAUAUAUCUUCCAACCUUACUUUUUUGUCCUCCCAAAAACUGGACAUUUCACGGAAGUCCAGAGAUUCCUGGAUAGAAAGUACGCAGGGCAGAUUGCAAAAUCUGAGGGGGUUGAGAAAGAAGAUCUCGAUCUGCCCAAUCACUUGAUAGGGCUCAAACAGAGCUAUAUAAAGCUGUCUUUUAAUAAUUUGAAUGCCAUGAUAAAAGUCCGGAAGGAACUUUUGGCCGCUGUGAGGAAGAAUCAGGAGAAUGCCAAGAGUCAGACGAGUUAUAUGCAACUCCUGACGGCCAGUAUGGGUGGAGGGACAGCUAAAGGAAGUGAUUUUUUGAAUUCCGACCUUAUGGAAUUCAUUGUAGAUGUCCGGGAGCACGAUAUUCCCUAUCAUGUCCGGGUUUGCAUAGAUUUGAGUAUCUUCUGUGGGAAUUGGUACAGUGUCACAUGCUUCGGUGGUCAGAAUCCAAUAAUUAAGCCCUGCACAGACAUAAUUGAUCGGCCAGAUCCCAUUGUCCUGGCUUUUGACAUUGAAACCACAAAGCUUCCAUUGAAAUUUCCGGAUGCCAAUACCGAUCAGAUUAUCAUGAUCUCGUACAUGAUCGAUGGUCAGGGGUAUUUAAUUACGAACCGGGAGAUUAUCUCGGCGGACGUGAAGAGCUUUGAGUACACGCCAAAGGCGGAAUUUGAAGCAACUUUCACGGUUUUCAAUGAACCAAAUGAAAUGGCAACAAUCCAGAAGUUCUUCAGUCACAUCCUGGAAGUCAAGCCCCAUAUCUUUGCCUCCUACAACGGAGACUUCUUUGAUUGGCCCUUCAUUGAGACCCGAGCGGCAGUCUAUGACAUCGAUAUGAAGCAGGAAAUUGGAUUUGGGAAGAAUCGGGAAGGGCACUAUCUCUCCCGGCCAGCAUCCCACCUCGAUUGUCUCAAUUGGGUCAGGAGGGACUCCUAUUUACCCGUGGGAUCGCAUGGAUUAAAAGCCGUAGCCAAAGCUAAACUCCGGUACGAUCCAGUUGAACUCGAUCCGGAAGAAAUUUGCUCCCUGGCCGUAAAGAAGCCUCAGGUCCUGUCCAAUUAUUCCGUGUCUGAUGCAGUGGCCACUUACUAUCUCUACAUGAAAUACGUGCAUCCUUUCAUCUUUGCCCUGGCCACAAUUAUUCCCAUGGAACCAGAUGAAGUCCUACGCAAAGGUUCCGGAACACUCUGUGAGAAUCUCCUGAUGGUUCAGGGCUUCAAGGCAAACGUAAUCUUUCCCAAUAAGCAAAUAGAGGAAGUUAACAAAAUCACAGAUGGCUAUGUCAUGGACUCAGAGACAUACGUUGGCGGACAUGUCGAAGCUCUAGAAUCGGGAGUUUUCCGUGCAGAUAUUCCCUAUCGCUUCCGGAUUGAUCCGGACAUGGUGCAAAUACUCCAGGAGGGCUUAGACAAGGUGCUCCAUCAUGCUAUUGUUGUUGAGAAGGGUGUCUCGAUGGAGAGCAUAACGAAUCUCCCAGAAGUCACAGAGGAGAUUACGACAGCUCUCGAGGCUCUCCGGAACAUUCCCAAUAGAAUUGAACAUCCUGUCAUCUAUCACUUGGACGUUGGUGCCAUGUAUCCCAAUAUCAUCCUAACCAAUCGCCUUCAGCCCUAUGCCAUUGUCAAUGAGACCAAUUGUGCAGUUUGUGACUUCAAUGAACCCUCAGCUUGCUGCAAGAGGGACAUGACUUGGUCCUGGCGUGGAGAGAUGCUUCCGGCCACAAAAAGUGAAUUGCAGAGGAUACAGCAGCAACUGGAGACGGAAACCUUCCCUCCGCUCUUUCCCAAUGGCCCUCCCAGGGCUUUCAAUCAACUCUCGCGGGAGGAUCAGCAGGCGUAUGAGAAGAAGAGACUGACAGACUACUGCAAAAUGGCCUACAAGAAACGGAAGAUCACCAGGUUGGAAACAAAGACCAGCACGGUGUGUCAGAAGGAGAACAGCUUCUACGUGGACACCGUGAGAUCCUUCCGAGAUCGCAGAUACGAAUAUAAGGAGAUGACGAAGAAAGCCAAAGCUGCGGUGGCAGAUGCUCUAAAGACCGGAGAUGCGAGUGAAAUAAAGGCAGCCAAGGGACGUGAAGUUCUCUAUGAUUCCCUCCAAUUGGCCCACAAAUGCAUUCUAAAUUCCUUCUAUGGCUACGUGAUGCGCCGUGGAGCUAGAUGGCACAGUAUGCCAAUGGGCGGAAUCGUAUGUCUGACCGGAGCUAAUAUCAUCACAAAGGCCCGGGAGAUUAUUGAACGGGUAGGGAGGCCUCUGGAAUUGGAUACCGAUGGGAUUUGGUGCAUUUUGCCAGCAUCCUUCCCGCAGAAUUUUACGAUUAAGAGCACAGAGGCGAAAGGUGGGAAAUUUGUCAUGUCCUACCCCAAUGCCAUUCUCAAUGCCAUGGUCAAGGAUCAUUUUACCAAUGAUCAGUACCAGGAACUGGUGAGUCAGGGUGGGAAUGGCGAGAGGCCAAAGUAUGAGAGAAGGGAGGAGAAUUCGAUAUUCUUUGAGGUGGAUGGACCGUAUUUGGGCAUGAUUCUGCCUGCGGCCAAGGAAGAGGGCAAGAAACUGAAGAAACGCUAUGCUGUCUUCAAUUUUGACGGAUCCAUUGCUGAACUGAAGGGUUUUGAGGUUAAGAGGAGAGGAGAAUUGCAGUUGAUUAAAAAUUUUCAGUCAUCCGUCUUCGAUGCAUUCCUCCAGGGAACCACUCUAGAGGAGAGUUACGGAAGUGCAGCAAAGGUGGCCAAUUACUGGCUCGAUGUCCUCUACAGUCGAGGAGAAAGUAUGCCAGAUAGUGAAUUGUUUGAACUGAUUUCGGAAAAUCGGUCCAUGUCGAGAAAACUCGAAGAUUACGGAGUUCAGAAAUCCACGUCAAUUUCCACGGCGAAACGUCUGGCGGAAUUCCUGGGUGAUCAAAUGAUCAAGGAUGCCGGUUUGUCGUGCAAGUACAUCAUUUCGGCCAAACCUGAAGGGUCUCCAGUGACAGAGAGAGCCAUUCCCCUGGCAAUCUUUCAGUCUGAAGCCAGUGUUCGUCGGCACUAUCUCUGUCGCUGGCUCAAAGAUCCGAGCAUGGGAGAUGCAGAUAUCCGGGAUGUUCUCGAUUGGAAUUACUACAUUGAGCGUCUUAGUGGAACGAUUCAGAAGAUCAUCAUAAUCCCAGCUGCUCUCCAGGGCCUUUCGAAUCCCGUGGAACGUGUUGCGCAUCCUGAUUGGCUUCACAGGAAAAUCCUACAGAAGGAAGAUGUGUUUAAACAGAGAAAGAUCAAUGAGAUCUUCAAGUCAAAACCUAGUGAAUCAGUCCCAAGGGAAGCCACUCCAGAUACAAUUGCUGACAUUGAAGAUUUAACUGGGAAUGGCAAUGAGGCUCGGGUUAAUCGUCCGAUUGCCACAAAACGAAAGAGACAGGAAGUUAUCGAUGGAGAGGUUUCUAUUGAGAGCCUAAUAGGUCGUCCACCUCAGAUGGGGCCAUCUCAUGACCAGGUUCUCGAAUGGGUGAAGUAUCAGAAGAAGAAGUGGACACUUCAGCUGGAGCAGAGAUCUCAGGCGAAGAAAAACCGAGCGAAGCAGCAGAGAGUCGAGAUUUCGAACAAUAAACGUUCCCGAGCGACAAUUGGAGGAUUUCUGCGGAAGACCAAGUGUACUUUGCUCGAGACGACAUGGGAAAUCAUUCAAAUAGCUGAGACUGAUUAUCCGGGAAGCUUUGUCAUGUGGAUCCUGACGAAUGGGGAGGAGUUGCACAAAAUCCGAUUGAACGUCCCCAGGAUAUUCUAUGUGAACCAGAGGGUUCCGGUGAGUCAGGAACUGGAAGAGGCUGAGAAUGCUGUUUUUAAGAAAGUUCAUAGAAUUUUGCCGAGAUCUAGCCCUGUUCAUCAUCUCUAUCGCUAUCAGAUUCCCGAACAGACCUUCCAGGAGCGCAAACUAGAGAUGCUCAUUGAUCUUACGACUCCGGAUAUUGAGGGCAUUUAUGAGACUCAGACUAGUCUUAUGUUUAGAACUGUGGUAGAUUUGGGAUGUAAAUGCUCGGUGCAGAGGAAUGAGAGGAAGAGGACGAAUCCUGAGGCAUUUUCAUUGGAACAUCUGGAAUUUCGCAGUGAUAAAGAUCAUAGCUACCUGCAGACUUAUCAGCAGCUGAAGAAGAUUUUCCUCUAUCAGCACAGUAGCGCUUCGGGAAAGAGAGAGAUGUGGGGAGUAUUUCUACCGGCUGCAAAGAAGGCAACAGUUCUGGUCCUGGAUACCGUAAGGACAGAUCAGAUGCCGAACCUAAAGAAUCUCUAUGAUUCGGAGUUGAAGAGCCUGAAAGGAAGCUUGAGGAGUAGCCAGGAGAACAUCCUUCCGCCUAGAGAUAUGGAGUUUGAGAUUGUCUUUGAGACAGAACCAAAGAAUAUCUACAGAACCAUUCAGAGGAUUCUAUCGGGAUACAAGCAUGAAAUUAAAGCUCCAACUCUGCUCUUCAUGCAAAUCUCUAUGACUUUGAGCCAGAUGGCAGCAGCGAUGCCCCUCCUAGCGGAAUUUCCGCAAGUUCAGAUUCACAUUGCCGAUGAGAUGUCGCUGCUGUCGGCGAUCAAUUGGCAACAAAAUGGCUGCCGAUCGAUCAUUCGCCAUUUUCUAAAUUUGCCUACUGUGGUAGAGUCAAUGCUGCGGCAGUGUCGCUACUAUCACAUUCCGAUUGGGAAUAUGCCAACGGACCCAAUCCUCUUCGGUGCAGAUCUGUUCUAUGCACGGUACCUGCAGAGAAAUAAAUUUCUGCUGUGGUGCUCAAAGACAAAUCGUCCGGAUCUCGGAGGACACGAAACUGACGACAGUCGUCUUCUGACGGAGUUUGACGAUGGAAAUUCCCGGGUGCAGAAUCGCAGUGAUUUGUAUCCGAGCAUCUCUGUGGUGCUGUCCAUUGAGAAUCUUGCUGUAAGUGCUCUGAUGCAGUCAAGCAAGAUUCAGGAAGCUGAGGGUUCCUUCAAUGCUGUUGCCUUCGACAUGAUCCCACAGGGAUUUGUCGAUGAGAUGCUAGGAGCACGCGGGAAAGCUUCCUAUGACGAAUCCUCCCAUUGCAAUUCAGCCCUGAGAGUUAUGAGGCUCAUGGUCAAUGGAUGGCUCAGGGAUAUCUCCCUCAAUCGCAGUGUCUUCUCAGAUACCCAAAUUGUCCACUUCUAUCGCUGGAUUAAAUCCUCAAACGCCCUACUCUACGAUCCAGCCAUGAGGCGAACGAUGUUUAACCUGGUCAGGAAAUACUUCCUGCAACUCCUGUCGGAGUUCCAGCGACUAGGAGCCACUAUAAUCUUCGCAGAUUUCAAUCGCGUCAUCAUCAAUACAGGCAAAGAAUCUCCAGUUGAAGCCAUUAACUACACAGACUACAUUGUUCAGAACAUCCGGAACAAAGAAAUGUUCCAUGGAGUCCAUGUGACCUACCAGCAAUCCUGGAGGUAUCUCCUGUGGCUGGAUAAUUUCAACUACGGCGGAAUCCGCCUCCGACACGACGAAGAAAUCGAAGAAGUUGGGGAAAAUGCCCUGGACAUUGAGAUGACAUUCAACAUUGCCAAUCAAUUGCCCAAGCAAGGCAAUGGUCAGGAGUAUUUCGAGAAGCUGAUCUCGGGGCUUCUGACAUCCCUGGCCACUGAGGAAAGUGCCCAGAAAGCCUUUGAGCAGCACUCAAUGAGAGCCUUCACGAUCAUUGAGUACAUCCACAAGAAGUUCACCUACCACGAGCAGAAGCCCGCCCUGAAGCUAGUGACAUCGCUCCACAAAAUCCUCUCAGUGGCUGAUGGGCUGAUCCCUGAAGUGGAUUCUCUGCAUAGGAAUUUGCUGAAAUUGAUUGAGGUUGGAGAAUUCAGUGAUGCCGCUACGUGGAAGGAUACCAGUCAUGAGUUCACCUUAAUGGAGGUCAUAUGCAAAGCCUGCAAUCACUGCAGGGAUCUCAAUCUCCACAAUGAUCCCCAUCGAGCCCUCAAGGAUGGAAUACCUGUUUGGCUGUGCUCUCAGUGCUUUGGCUGCUACAACACGGAUGAGAUUGAGGGAAUGUUGCUGGAGAUUGUCCAGAGGAAGCUGAUGUCCUACACUCUGCAGGACGUUAAAUGUGUCAAUUGCAAACAGAUCAAGAGGGACAACAUGACGAGCGCGUGCGAAUGCACAGGAGCCUUUACGAAUCUUCUGCCCAGCCAGGAGCUGAAAAGGGAUCUAGAGAGUUUCCUGGAAGUGGCACAGACCUACAAAAUGCCCCUUCUUGAGGACCAUAUUAAAUGGAUGAAAAGGUUUUAUUGAGAAAAUAUAUUUUUAUUUCUUUCUAA